AAGUUUUCUUUCCGGGUUCACCGCCGUUAUUUCCGUGUUGUUAACAAAGUUUAGCCAGUCGAGUAGGAGGCCUAGUUUAUCCUUUUAUUAACGGUAUAGUUUUGAAAACAAUAAGCAAUCGAAGUGAUUAUCGUUAUUACGGCAACCUGAAACAUUUCUGAUAAAGUGCUCAGAUUUGGAUGUCACACUCAGGUCACACUGGAUGGGCCAGCUGGUAGCAGUUGGGGCCAGCUGUUAACAUCCUUUGGGCCUGUAUGUGUAACGUUAGUCCGCAAUGGCCAGUCACUUCCGUAGCUAUAUCUGGGACCCGGUCCUCAUUGUUUCUCAGAUUGUGUUGAUGCAGUGCAUCUACUACAGCUUCUUGGGCCUGUGGUUGGCUGGCGUGGACAGUCUUGUGCACAGUAGUCGGUCACUGGACCAGAUCUUCAGCUAUGAAGCCCUUGGUUUUGCAACAAUACAGGGCAGGCUGUCGAUGAUGGCAUUCAUCUUGAACUCUCUUACCUGCGCCCUUGGUCUGUGGUUCUUCAUCCGUCGAGGGAAACAGUGCCUGGACUUCACAGUCACUGUGCACUUCUUCCAUAUGAUUGGCUGCUGGAUCUAUAAUGCUCAUCUUCCAGCCGUCCUGUCCUGGUGGCUCGUCAAUGUCGCCUGCAUGGCGUUGAUGGCUGUAAUUGGAGAGUACUUGUGUAUGCGAACUGAGCUCAGGGCCAUUCCAGUCAAUACUGGACCUAAAUCUAACCUGUGAAUUAUUGUUGAAACCACACUGAAAAUCUGGACGGUUAACCCUGGAGGAACUCGCCCAGAAGAGGUCACUGAGAGUGAACCUCCGUCAGCUACGAAGUUGGAUUGUCAUCCAUCUCCUCUUCAAGUGAUACAACAGAUGAACCGAUCUAUUUAUUCAUAUCUGUCAGAUAAAUGUUGGAUAGUAUUAACUCUGUAGCAUAUUAAGAUAUAUGUAUUAACGUUUGUGAAAGCAGAUGCCGGUUUACACCUUUUCCAUCAAGCUAAUUAUUAUAGAUAUGAUUUUGUUUUUUUAGUAAUUUAAUUAUUUCAUUAAUUUUAAGUACAUAAGCAUGAGCAUGCCAUUCUCUCAUUUCAGUGAGAUCGUGUUGUUGAUAAUUACUUGUCAACAACCAGACAUUUUUCUUCUCUCUUUUGUUGAUAUAAUUACAAGCUGUGUGGGUUGGAAAACAAACGUAACCAUCAUUUUACAAAUUUCUUUUUUUUGAUGAAAAUGUUCCUGGUUCAACUCACUGCAAUUUAGAAAUGCCAUUGUGCGAAGUUACCUCUCGCAGCUUUUAUGAGUUUUUCUUACAGCUGCAUCUGAAAGUAAAAUAUGGGUAUGUUUAAACAGGUAUACCAUAGUUUUCUGACAUACAAUAGCCAAUAAUUGUGUACGCCCAAAUGUAGGAGAGAGUAUAAGUAUAAAAAGAUUAUAAAUAUUUUUUUCCUUUCUGGAUAAAGUUUGUACAUUCAGUCUCAUGAUGCCCAUUUUAGGCCUUCCUCGUCACACUUGUACAGCAUUUUGCACUGCUUGUGUUGUUUGUUUUCAUCUCUUUAUGUAAUGAUAUAUUAUGCAGACAAGGUGGCCACUUUGGGGACAGCUUUGUCGGCUGUGCUCGUGUUUCUGAAAAUACUACCACCGCUUGUGGGAAUGUGACUUGAAAAGUACUGUCAUGUGCAGCGCUGAUGGUUUCUGGAACAAUUUCAGCUUUCUUAUGUAGUGAUGGCUAAAACGGAUAAAACACCUGUUUAGUAAUAAUUUGCAGUUAAUUUAGAGUAAGAUUAAGGAUCCUGUAACACAUAAUCAUUCUCUUUUUAUUCUGUGUGGUGACUGUCAAUCAAACCAUUGCAGCUUUGACUGGACUAAGCAGUGUCUUAUUUUGAAAUCAUACUUCUAAAGUGUAGUAUAAGCACAUUAUUAAGCUGCAGGGGGUGAUAAUUGAUCAUAUUUAAAAGUUGCACAAUAGUUGGACAUUUUGGGAAAUACACUUAGUUGCUUUCAAGCUGAGCGUUAGAUGAUCAAUACCAUUCACUUGUCUGUUCAUUAAAUAUGAAAUUUCAGCCAGUUUUCUUAGCUUAGACUGGAAACUUGGAAAAAGAAGGGGAAAACAGCACCUCUUAAGCUCACUGAUGAGCACAUAAUAUCUUAAAACUGAAGUGUAAAAAUGACAAGUUGUGGUUUUACAGGGCAUAUGUACCGAACUAUUUCAUGGCUGGGUAGUGACUUCCUGGAAUCAACUUAACAUCUGUUGGGACAACAACCUACAGAGACUGGUUGUUCGGCAAGCCCAGCUUCUUUCUUUUUAACUUUUCAGUAUUUGUACAAAUAAAACCGAAAUAACAGGUUAAUUAGUAGCAUAAAAAUGAAUAAACACACUUCUGGUGCACUUUAGAGGUGAAGGUGGGUGUCGUUUGUUACCCUUGAACAGACCUUGGUUAGCUGGUUCCCUCUGUUUCCAGUCAUUAUGGUAAGCUAAGCUAACUGGCAGCUAACUUAACUAACUCGGCAAGAAAGCAAAUAAUAAAAUAUCCCAAAAUGUCAAACAUUACCUUUAAGUUAAGUUCAAACUUGUGCUCUUUUAAAGCCAGUGUCAACUACUAUUGGAUUAUUUCUAGCAAUGGCUGCUUCGCAAGUUUUCACAUGCAAUGCCACCUUGGUAGUCUUUAAACAUUUUUGUAACUUAAACUUUUAUAUAUAUAUAUAUAUAUAUAUAUAUAUAUAUAUAUAUAUAUAUAUUUAAACUUGAGAGAUGGACCUAUUCAUGAAAUUCAAUUAUUUGAGUUGUUUCUAGUGCAGAAACAUCUCAGACAAGGUGCACAUAUUUCUUUCCUCCUUUCUGAAGGUUUAAAUCUAAGGAGUUUGCACCAUCAUCAAGAAAGUAUGGUACAAUGCAAGUAGAUUUGUGCAUAUGAUGUUAAAUAAAACACUACCAGUUCAUAAGGAUUGUAAAAAACAAAAGUGUGAAUCUCAGUCAGGAAACUGUAGGUGAAAAAAUAAUUGGCCAUUAUGCUUCAGAUGUCAAAGAUAGGUCUUCUAAUGAGGGACACACCACAAGCAUGUCUUUGGAUGUCUGAAAGUUUUCCACCCCGGGCCCUGAUCCCUCAUUUUCUCCCUCCUCUGCUGGAAGUGUCCAGGUGGAAAAAAGCAGAUGGGAGAGCGCUAACGAGUUCAAAGAUGCUAGUUGUGAUCCUCAUUACCGACACUCUGCUUCAGGGGGGGCUAAAAACAGAAACUCUGUAGUAAAUGAGUAGUACAGAAGGGGACUCACUGCUUCGAUUAAAUGCUCCACUAUUUUA